GGAUGAUCGCAGCAUGCUCCAGCGCAUAAGUCUCGUGACCAUGGCCGCCACGCGACGUCGCCUGCGCUCUAGCAGCAGCGCCACGAAGGAGCUCCUGGGCGACCUUGUCGAUGCGCCCAAGAAGCCCAAGCGGGCGCCCAAGGCGGCGUCGGUCGAUGCCAUCGCGAAAGAACGCACGCCACCCAAGCGUGCCAAGGCGGCGGCCGCCAAACCAGGCAAGUCGCUGGAAAUCGUAGCUCUCGCUGCCGACGCCGAUGCGCGCGUUGUGUACACGUACCCUCGCCUCGUGCAAGGCAAGCUGCUCAAGCGGUACAAGCGAUUCCUUGCCGACAUCCAGCUAGCGAACGACGAGGUCGUGACCGUGCACUGCCCCAACACCGGGCCCAUGGUGGGUCUCUUGGACAUGCCACUCGCCAACGUGCAGCUGUCAUUGAGCGACAACCCAAAGCGCAAGUACGCCCACACGCUCGAGCAAAUCCAAGUUGACAACGGCCAAGGGCUCGAGUGGGUUGGCGUGCAUUCGACGUCGGCCAACGCGAUGGUCGGGAAUGCACUUCGCCACGGCUGGCUGCCGGACGUCGUCGGGCACGCGCGCAUCACCAAGAUUUCGGCCGAGGUCAAGCACACAGCCCAUAGCCGCAUCGACUUUGUCGUCGAGACCGAUGCCAAAACGUAUUACAUUGAAGUCAAGAGCGUGACGCUACUGACGGAGAACGGCCGCGCGGUCUUCCCCGACACGGUCUCGACGCGCGCGCAAAAGCACGUGGAAGAACUGAUCGCGCUCCAAGCGUCGCACGGGACGUCGAUCCAGCCAACCAUCGUGUUUGUAAUCCAGCGGCGCGACAGCAGCUCGUUUGCGCCGUCGACAGCGCACGACCCUGCGUUCGCAGCUCUCUGCGCACGCGCCAAGGCGGCCGGCGUCCACCUCUUUGCCUAUGCGUGCGAGCUCAUGACGCCCACCUCUGAAUCUGGCCACGUUGUUUUGCUGCCGGGCCCUCUGCCCGUCAUCACCGACGACUAACUUUCGUUGCAAAAGGUAUAUUCUGGACCAAAAUGUGGCGGAAUGAACCCAAUGUAAAGUUCUUCUUCCUGCUCUCUCGUAUAUCGUAUAUCGCGAUUACCGCAUUUUGAUUCCUGGA